GUGUCGCUUUAGCCAGAGCUGUUUACUCUCAAGCUAAAAUAAUCAUUAUAGACGAUUGCUUAUCCGCUGUUGAUUCACAUACUGCUAAACAUAUAUAUGAACAAUGUUUGAUGGGUGACUUGAUGAAAGAUCGUACUCGUAUUCUUGUUACACAUCACGUAGGACUAUGCCUUCGUGGUGCUGCUAAAGUGGUAGUUAUUAAAGAUGGUCAAAUAUCGGGUGAAGGGACUGUAGAAGAAAUUUUGGCUACAGGGCUGUUGGACGAUGUGACUAUUGAAAGCGAUGAAGAGUCAGGAACCUCUGCUGAGGAUGUCACAGAUGCGAAAUCUCAAAAAAACAACAAAAAUAUCCGCGAAGGCGAUGGAAAAUUGGUUGCCGAAGAAACCAGAGCUGUCGGUAUGGUUGGAUGGAAGUAUUACAAACUCUACUUGGUAGCAUCUGGCGGAUUUUGGUAUUGGAUGUCAUUGCUUUUUUUAUUUUUGGUGACACAAGUUAUUCAAGUUGGGCAAGAAUGGUGGAUUCGAGAAUGGACUAAAGCUUAUGGCGAUGCUUAUAAUCAAAUCCACCAAUUUGCUUCGACAAUGUCUGGGGGUAUCACUUCUCUUUUACUAGAAAAUUUACACCAAACUACGAAGGGCUUUGCAUUAUCUUCUUAUUUGUCUCCCUUCCUCAAUCAUUCCACUCCGACCGAUCAUUUCUCACCUAUAAACAUGUGGGAAGAGACCCAUGAACCCGUCAAUGUUAACUACUAUCUUUGGGUUUAUGUAUCAAUUGGAUUGGCAUCCACCAUAUUAACGACCUUUAAAGCAUAUUAUAUGUUCAUUGGCUCUUUAAUGGCGUCUAGGAAGUUACAUAAUGAUAUAUUAGAUAAGGUGCUGUUAGCAACGCUUAGAUUUUAUGACACAACACCAAUAGGAUAUUGA